UGUGGUCUGUUUUACGUUUUUGACGUCUUUUGCGAGUGAAAAAUGAACGAAAUCAUAGUUCUCAAAUUUCUUCUAACUAGAGGUUGUACAUCAUCCCCUGGGUGCUCGUUUUAUUCCAUCUGACCCACAGGAUGUUAAUCUGGUACCCAUUUUGACACACGAUUCGCAAAUAUGUUUAUAUUACGAAUAAAUUAACAUAGGUGAGACUGUCGGUAAAGAAGACGGCACGAUGCACAGCUCUCUCGUAUGGCGCUACCGUCAUUCCGAGGCAAAAUUUACUCGAAACUCGUGCAGAUGCAUAGCUGCAUUUUCUUUAUAUUUAUUCCUGUUACAUUCAACGAUUGUGAUAUUUGUGGUGCUAUUGAAAAUUAAGAAUCUUUUUGAAUAUCGCUCCUCCCGGGAUGAUGCGUGAGUGCGAUAUACUGACAAUUCGCUCUUUACCAACACAAUUGGAUUUAUGAGGAUUCGUAGGAGCUAAACGAUAUAUAGUAAUAUUCGACAUGCAACCCCUGUGUCCAGGUCAUCCCGAAACAUUGAAAAUGGUUAAGAUAGCGAAACGUCGCGGGCACAAUGCAAUCGUUUCCAGCGUCAAAAAACAGAAAAAGAAAAGGAAAAAAAACUUGCGAUAAUUGGCCAUCGGCGUCGCAGAUAUCAAAGGCAGGCUGGUAGAAUGGCAGAGGACGAGAGGCAAAUUAGAGCGGCAGCGGAGACACUGUUGACCGGUUCUGUUAACUCCCAGAGGAGCUCGUACACUCAGCAAAGUAUAACUCGAACCCCGGAUAUCAUUCUUAGCGAGGAUCUUAUCGCGGGCGCAAUGCAAAACGGGAGGAUGUCGAACGUUAGACGUUUCUUUUGCCUCUUCGUCACCUUCGACAUUCUGCUCACAUUUCUUAUGUGGCUCAUUUGUACGAUGAUCGCUGGCGAGAGCUUGGAAUCGGCUUUCAUGAAUCAAGUAGUCCACUAUCACAUAAAGACGUCUUUGUUCGAUAUAGUGAUGGCAGCGAUUUGCAGGUUCACGGUGUUGUUGCUCUUCUACGCGUUGCUUCGUUUGGACCAUUGGGUCAUCGUAGCUUUGACGACUGCCACGACCUGUGCCUUCUUAAUCGCUAAAGUAUUUCUUUUCGAUUGGUCAACAUGCAGUCAACCAGUAUUUCAAGUUCUUCUUAUCCUUACGUCCUUCGUAUUGCCUUGGGUGGAAGCUUGGUUCUUCGACAUUCGCGUGUUACCUCAAGAAACGCAUGCUAGAAAUUGGCUUAGGCAUUUCGCUGAUAGCGAAAGAGAACCGCUUCUACGAGGCGUCACGUCGGAGACACGCCAGUAUACAAGCAUCGAACCUCCUACGGGAACAUUUUUCACCCCUAUGGAUUCACCGGAUCAUUCUGAUCACGAGGACGAAAGUUCAAGACCAGGAAGCGCGAGAGCGAACGAAGCAUUCGGUUCGAAGCCUUUGCCGAGACUCACACCAGAAUUGGUAGAGGACUACAAGAGGAAAGCCAACGUGUUAGUACAGAAUUGUCAUGAUUUAUUACAGUCUACAGAUUGGCAGAUCGAAAGUAUAUUGCCGAACGGUGAUAUUAUAUUUUAUAUGCACCAUCCUAAAAUAGAUGGAAAAAUUUUUAAAAUAGUAGGAUUUAUAGAGGCCCCUGCUAGUGUACUUGCCGAUCAAUUAUUCAACGACAUUGAAUCGUUACCGACGUGGAAUAAACUUGUUGUUGAAUCGAAAAAAUUAUUGCAUAUAGACGACGAUACGGAUAUUAUUUACCAAGCAACGGGUCCUCAAGGUGGAGGUGCUAUUAGCGCUCGGGAUUUCGUUAUUUUAAGACAUCGUACACAGUACGGUAAUUAUUAUAUUAGCAGUGGUACAUCGGUGCCUUUCCCCGUACAACAUCGUAAUAAAUAUGUUAGAGCCGAAAACAAUAUAAGUUGUUGGGCGGCGGAAGAGCUUCUUGGCGAAAAAAAUGGUUGCCGAUUCACAUGGAUUAUUAAUACAAAUUUAAAAGGCUGGAUUCCACAGAAACUUGUAGACAAAUCGAUGUCUGCUGCAUUGGUAGAUUUCAUGUCUUAUGUAAGGAAUUAUGUGGACGAAAUGCAAAAGACUUUUGCUUAGGUGUAACAUUUGUUUCGGUGAAACGAACCACGGUCUUUCAUAAUCAUCCCUAUGUAUUUGUGCAAUCAAGAACGAUUUCAAUCUUUUAUAAUGAUUCGAGAGAAAUGCAAUACCAAAUACAAAAUCAUAAUAUGGUGA